AUGGUUCGACACAAGAAAGACAAUUUCUCGCGAGGAGGCAAGAAAUUCUCCAAUCCUCGUCCACGACCGGCGCCCCGCGAUGAUGGCAAUGCGCCCGCCACGUCGACUCGGCCUGCGUUCCGAGCUGCCUGUUGGGAUCUUGGCCACUGUGACCCGAAGAGAUGCUCUGGAAAGCGACUUAUGAAACUGGGACUGAUGAGAGAGCUCCAUAUUGGCCAGAGAUUCCCUGGUGUGAUUGUUUCACCCAAUGCGAAAAAAGUCGUUUCCCCCGCCGAUCGCGAAUUGAUGGAGCUACAUGGCGCAGCGGUAGUGGAGUGCUCGUGGGUCAGAGUCAAAGAAGUGCCUUGGUCACGAAUCGGUGGAAAAUGCGAACGACUCUUGCCUUAUCUCAUUGCGGCGAAUACAGUCAACUACGGCAAGCCAUGGCGAUUGAACUGCGUCGAAGCACUGGCAGCUUGUUUCUUUAUCUGCGGACACGAAGAGUGGUCAAAGGAGGUUUUGAAGAAUUUCCGCUACGGCGAGGCUUUUCUGGAGAUCAACUCUGAAUUACUAAAACGCUAUGCUGCUUGUUCCAGUGAAGAGGAAGUCAAAAAGGCCGAGGAAGAGUGGUUGGCGAAGAUUGAACGGGAAUACGAAGAGAGCCGCAUUGAAGGAGAGGACGAUAUGUGGACAGUUGGAAACCGAAAUAGAAUGCCCGCGAACGAAGAAUCAGACGAUGACGAUGAGAGUGAAGAAGAUGACAGCGGCGACAAGGGCGGGGGCGAGGGCGAGGACGAGAGCGAAGAAGAUAAAGACCCGUUUGCGAUCUCAGACGACUCCGAAGACGAAGCUCAAAUGGCAGAAAUUCGACAGAAGAUCCUCGGGUCCAAGGCAUUCCAAAACCCGUCAGUCUCCGACAAGCAGCAGCCGGAAAAGAUCGCAAAGCCAGAGCCCUCCUAUGUUGACUCGGAUGCCGAGUCCGGCUCUGCAGGCAGUGAAGACGAGGAUUUCGAUAAAAUCAUCAAUGCUACCACUGUGACAGAUCGCACGGGCAUUAAGGAAAUUCAACGAAGGCGAGGCCAGGAGACUGUCAGCGCCUCUUUCUCACGGGCGGAAAUUUCAGCGCCGAAGAGAUGGUAG